AUGACGAAAUCAGAAUUCCGUUCCAAACUGGAGCCAACUUCCCGGCCUCUGACAUUUGCCUCAACAGCGGGGAUGCUUUUCAUGUUCAAAGACUGCUUCAAACCUCAUACUACAGUAGCCAUUGGAUCGUUCAUUCAACUUGCUCUCUGCGCCGUUCUUCCUCUGCGUUGGGCGGUCGUACCACCCUUGGCCGUCUUAUUCAACUCCAUUAUCACAACCAUGAUACAAAUUUACAGCACAAAACCCAAUGAGUACAAUAAUAAUGUCGUACCAGGCCGUGCCACUGCACAACUUCCUUUCUCUAAUGGGUUCUUUGGUUCGAUCCCCGGAGCAAGCCCCGUUGUAGUCUUUCAUCUCGGAAUCCAGACCAACCACCCUCUCGGUCUCGCAGCACCAGGCAUGGAGCAAAUUAGCAAAUACUUCAAGGCUAUGCAUAGAGAUCUUACCUCCAAACGAGACGAAUAUGGCAUGCUGAGCUCCUCAACAUGGCGCGGAGAUGAAAAGAGCAGCAAUAACACCCUUCUUCUGAUCUACUACUUUCGUGACUUAGAGAGUCUGCACCGCUUCGCCCACGACGAAUUACACCGCAAGGCAUGGGACUACGUCAAUAAGGCUAAGCUGAAGCAUGUGGGGAUCUUUCACGAAACGUUUAACGUGUCGGCUCGCGAGUAUGAGAAUGUCUAUGUUAAUUGUCAUCCGGUACUGAUGGGCCAUGCGACGGUGAAGACGACAGAAGGGGGCGACGAAGAAAGGUGGAUUAACUCCCUUGUCAGUGCAGAUGCUCCCCUUUUGAAGACACAGUAUGCAAGGAUGUCCAGAGAUGAGCACGGUAGUUUGAAGGACACGGAGUAG